ACAUCGGCAUAGUAGUCUCACCCAAGAAGAAAUCCGUCUCUUUCCAAUUUUCCCCUCUUUGAUGCAGCCUUAGAUAACUUCACAUAGUAGAUUAUCUUCUCGGAACCGAAAUAUUGAUUAUAAACCUCUUGUUUUCUAGAGCUAUAGAUCGAAUCAGCUUUUACAAACGACAAAUCUCAAACCUGACUGGAAGACUUUUUAUUUCUUUGCUUUACCGGUUUCUCUUGCUUGAUAGAAGAAUAGAUAAUUUCGGUAGAGAUCAUUAUCUGGCCCUUGGGGUUCAACAAAUAUAGAUAAAACUGUAGAUCCUUUGUAUUCCUAACAAGUGGAAGGAGUUGCUGCAAACUAGAGAUGCCAAGUGAUAGGAGAGACGAAGCAAUAUCGUUUUAUUCGUACUGAUGAAUGGGAAGGGAGGAAACCAAAGACCCCUAUGACAGUACGGUUAGGAACAGAAAUAAAAGGGUAGGUUUCUUUUUCCGUUUUGUACUUGUGAAAUAUGAAGUUACUAAGAAGAAAAGAUAUGCAUUCGAAUAUAAAUGUCCGCAGGUGUUCGCGUAGGAUGGAAAGCAUUUGUUGAUUGUUCAAUUCAAAGCCAAAGAUGGCAACAAUAUCAAAUCAGCACACUGUGCUAUUGAUUGUUGUGUUCUAGCACGAACACCUCAGAAUAUGGAA